CAAUAGAAGGUGUCUAUAUACUGGAGUGCCAUUUUAAAUUUGACGUGCGUGCUCAUCAAACCAGGCCAGAAAAGUUACACAGACACAAAAUGCUUAGUAUACCGGAGCAAGAACAAACUUGAUCCGAUCCACCGCGAAUCCUUAUAAGGCAACCCUGGCGAACCUUUCCAGCCAAACACGCCUUGCUUGACGGAGCAGCCUCCCCACCACCACCGCCGCAACACCAACAAAGCAAAAGCAGAGACGAGCUACAGCCUAGAGCUAGCCAAGGCAACGCGCACUCGCACUCGCACGCACGGCCCGGAGAAGAGCAAACACAACGAUGGCCGCUUUUCUCCUGCUCGUGCUCUGCUCGCUGGCCCCGGGCGCCCUCUCCGUCCCGCCCCGCCCGCCGGUGCGCUGCGGCGACGCGGGCUGCGUGCUCUCGAACGCGUACGGCGCCUGGUCGAGCGACCGCGCCGACUGCCCCGUGUCGGCCGUGGCGUACCCGGCGUCCGAGCGGGACGUGGUCGCGGCCGUCGCGCGCGCCAGCGCGGGCGGCAUGCGGGUCAAGGCCGUCAGCGGCUUCGCGCACACCAUCCCGAAGCUGGCCUGCCCCGGGGGCGGCGGCGGCGGGAACGGCAGCGCGGCGUCUCUGCUGAUCAGCACGGCGAGGUACGCCGGCGUGGAGGUGGACGCGGCGGCGCGGACGGUGACCGCGGACGCCGGCGCCCCGCUGCGGGCCGUGAUUGACGCGGCGGAGGCGAGCGGGCUGAGCCUGCCGGCGUCGCCGUACUGGGAGGGGGUGAGCGUCGGCGGGGCCGUGAGCACCGGGUCCCACGGCAGCUCGUGGUGGGGCCGGGGCGGCGCCCUGCACGACCACGUCGUGGGGCUCAGCCUUGUCGUGCCCGCCGGAGCGGCCGAUGGGUGGGCCAAGGUGGUGCCGCUCGCCAGAGGUGACGCGCUCUUUCCCGCCGCGCUCGUCUCGCUUGGCCUGCUCGGAGUCAUAUCCAAGGUCACUUUGGCGCUGGAGCCAAGAUUCAAGAGAAGCGUGACCUACGAUUACAGGGACGACUCCACCUUCCAGGACGACUUCGCGGACCACGCCGCGCGGCACGAGUUCGCCGACAUCGCCUGGUACCCGUCCCAGCACCAGGCCGUCUACAGGCUCGACGACCGCGCGCCGCUCAACGCCACCGGCGACGGGGUCAACGACUUCAUCGGCUUCCGGUCGACGCUCAUCGCGGUCUCCCAGGGGGUCAGGGCGCUAGAGACCGCACUGGAAGGGUCGAGGAACGUCAAGGGCAAGUGCGCGAUGGCCGCGGCGGAGAUUGCCGCCAAGCGGCUGAUCGGCAACGGGCUGCGCAGGAAGGCCGGCCAGCUGUUCACCGGCUACCCCGUCGUGGGGUUCCAGGGGCAGAUGCAGACGUCGGGCUCCUGCGCGCGGUCGCCGGCCUCCAGCCCGCUCACGGCGUGCGCGUGGGACCCCAGGUUCAAGGGUCUCUUCUUCUACGAGAGCACGGCCAUCUUCUCGCCGGCGCGGUUCCGGUCCUUCGUGCUCGACGUGAAGCGGCUGCGCGACCUCAGCCCGGACAGCAUGUGCGGCGUGGACGUGUACAACGGCCUCCUGGUCCGGUUCGUGAGGAGGUCGGAGGCCUGGCUGGGGCAGCCGGAGGACUCCGUGGUGGUGGACUUCAACUACUACCGCGCGGCGGACCCGUCGGCGGCGCGGCUCAGCCAGGACGUGUGGGAGGAGGUGGAGCAGAUGGCGUUCGUCAAGCACGGGGCGCGGCCGCACUGGGCCAAGAACAGGAUGGUGGCCUUCCGGGGGGUGCAGGGGAAGUAUCCGGGAUGGGCCAGGUUCGCCGCGGCCAAGCGGCAGCUGGAUCCGCGGGGACUGUUCGACAGCCCGUGGUCCGACGACGUCGUCGGCGGCAAGGAGCUCGGUAAGGAGGAUGGGUGCGCGCUGGACGGGGGAUGCGUCUGCUCGGAGGACAGACACUGCAGCCCGGAGCAAGGAUACUACUGCAGAACGGGGCUUGUGUUUACAGAGGCCAGGGUAUGCAGAUACUCUGCCUCGCAGCUUGUAUAGGACAUAUACACCCUUCUGUUGUAUAAAACAGAGACAGUACCAUAUACGUAUAUCACUUAUGUUCUACAGUUUUUUUUCCGCCUUAACUAUAUGUAAGUUGUCUGAAUUCUCCCCUCAAAAAAAGGUUGUCUGAAUUUUUCAA